AUGGCGUCUGAUAUGGCUACAGACUGGUUUCAACCAAAAGUAAGCUAUGAAGAAAAAGUUCGAUUUUGCGCGGAACUGUUAAAGUCUGUGGGUAAAAAUUCACCAAGUCAUAAACUACGUUUGCCAACGCAAUUUAAACAACAAAAAAUCCCAAAAUCGACUGACGAAGACAUUGGUCAAGGUAAAAGUGGUAAUCGACGUAAAUCACCGUCCAGAUCUCGAGUAUUUGAAGAUCAAAAUUUCAAAUUGAAAGAUGAACAAAAGUCAAGUUGGAAAUCCUUAGAAACACGUUCAAGCCAGGCAAAGGAACUUUUAUCCGCACAACCAGCAGACAGUUUUAGUAGAACGAAACAACCGCAGAAGAAUAAUCAAACAUCGCACACCUCUCUCAGAAAAAAGAUCGAAGCUUCACCAACAGCAUCGGCUUCUCGUCAUUCAGCUUCUGAACAGUUAAUGAAAACAACAGCACAAGAUGGCAGUGAAACAUCGUUUUAUCAACCAUCCAAAAUGUCGCUGAUAAAGACUAAAACACAAAGUCCAACUAGAUCAUUACAAAAAGCAAAACGACGACAAGGUGAUUGUUCAAAGUUACUUGGUAAUGAAGAUACAAGUCAAGUUGUGCCUUUGCCAGUGGUGGUGACGAAACGUCGUGCAUUUGCAUAUGCUGUACGUGAAGCUAUUUGUGUAUUACACAAAGAAAAUUCACAAGCUACAUAUGACAAUAUUCUUGAAUAUAUCUUAGCAAGAUUUGAUGAUUUAGGAACAAAUGAAGAAGCUGUAAUACGAAAAAUUAAUUUUACAUUAAAAAUGGGUACGGUAUAUGGCAAGUUGACAUACGAUGGAAAAGUGUAUGGAAUUGGUCAUGGAGUAUUAAAACUCAUGUCAGAAUCGAAAAAUGGUCGAAAUACAACACAAAAUUGUUCGCUAGAGCGAACCACAAAACGAAAAGAUAAACAAUAUUUUAGUGAUACAACGGAAUCCUUCGAACCACAAACAAUAAAAUCUCGUAGUUCACAAUCUAUAUUUUCAAAUUUUGAUAAGCAGUCCAGAUAA